AGACGCCAAACUCCAAUACCAGUUUCAACAAAACAACCAUAUUAAGAAACCCUUUCUUAACCUUCUUGUUUUUUCAUCACAUGGAUGUCUCUAAUUUUUCAUCUUUCACAUCAUGAACAUCACAAAACCAUCAUGCUCUUACUACCAAAGCAAAUUUUCUUUGUUUCUGCUAAGUUGAUGCUAUUGCUAACUCUAUCCCUCUCAUAAGGUUCCAUCCAAAAAUCCAUGGCACUCACGAUUGUUUUCUCUCUGCUAUCCCUUCUGUUGGUUUCAGCUUGUUGCUAUGUGCAACCCCUUGAAGAGAGUUCCAUCUCUGGGGUCAUAUCUGACAAGGGCCUUGAAUAUGCCAAGGAGUUGUUGAUAGAGAAAGGUAUUGCCUCCAUUGUGAUGCUACAGCUACCAGAGAUUGAGAAUUCUGUCCAAGUCCAUCUUGUUGGAAAUUAAUGCUAAAGUGGUUCUUUCUGACAUCACAAUCAAGGAUGUUCAAGUCAAUUCUUCAUCUGUUAAGACUGGGGAGAGUGGUGAUAUUGUUCUUGUUAAUUUGAGUAUGAGGUGGAGGUACACUGUUCAGCUCUUGGUUAAUCCCAUUUGGAAUUUAAGAUAGUGGGAAUGCUUCAGUGAAGGUCAUCAGCAACCAUGACUUGAAUUUGAUCAGCUCCAAAAGAUUGCCACCAUUAACACUUCCCUUAUUAAAGAAAAUUUCUUUUCUGUGUAGCCAAAGUGACCAUACAAUCGCAAACCACACCACUCUCCAUCUUUCAUUAGCUUCCUUCCCCAACCAAUCACAAUUAUGCUGCAGGAGAUGCAUUUUUGGGUCCAUAUGGAUCACAUUAUGAAUCCCCCACCAGACAUAACACUUAUUCCAGAUUCCAGUAGCAAAACUACAAGUAAACAAUAAAUGAGGCUAGUAGAUGUUUUUGAAGGGGAUAUAGCAUCUGCCGUUGAAGAGGGCAUUUCGGAGAAAAUAAAAGGAGGGAUUGUGAAUAUUGAUAAUUUAUUGCAAUCUCUUCCAGAGAAGAUCUCACUAGACAAAACCGCUGCACUAAAUGUUUUUUUUGUUGGAAAUCCUGUGUUGAGUAAUUCCUCUAUUUCAAUUGCAAUUAAUGGUUUAUUCACAGGGAAAAAUGAAGUUUUAGUACCUCGGGGUUACCAGAAAGGAGUGAAGAUUUCUGCUGCCUGUGGUGGUUUACAAAAGAUGUUAAAGGUUUCGAUACAUGAAAAUGUGUUCAAAUCUGCUUCCCUAGUUUACUACAAUGCAGGUAAAAGGCAAUUGAUUAUUGAUGAACUGCCUGAUCAGAACAUUUUGAACACUGCUGAAUGGAGAUUCAUAGUUCCCCAAUUAUACAAGCGAUAUCCAAAUGAUGACAUGCAGCUUAAUAUCUCUAUAUCUUCUCCACAAGUUAUACAAGUGACCUACCAAGAUAUUGGUGCAACUAUUUUUGUAGAUAUAACAAUCGUUGUUCUGGAAGACGGUGAAGUCAUACCUGUUGCAUGCAUCUCAGUGGAAAUUAGUGCUUCAUGUGCUGUGGAAGUUGAAGGAAACAAUACUGCUGGUUGGCUCAGAUUACAAACAUUUUCUGAAUACUUGAAGUGGAGCAAAAUAGGGAAAUUGCGUGUGCAUCUGAUCCAGUCACUAAUGUCAAGUGUCCUCAAAACUGUCGUCCUUCCAUACCUGAACUUCAAAUUAAAGAGAGGAUUCCCAUUACCAAUUAUUGAUGGUUAAUUAUGGCUUUCAGAAUGCCAUUAUCUUGUACAAUCAUCCAUGGAUUAUGGUGUGUAGUGGUGUUUCCUUCGAAGAUUACUAUCUAGGUAAACAGUUAGCUUAUGUUUCAUAAAAUAAAGCUACAACAAAAAAAUUGUCAGCUGCAUUAUUGUGGAUGUAAAUGAAGAACAUUUAUAUAGAAACCCAUUUGUAAGUUACUUGUGUACAUAUCACAAUUAGUAUAUACCUUUUGGAUUUAGCCUUGUAUACACAUACAUCCUGCCAUGAAGAUUACUUGUUAAAAAUCUAUACCAUUAUUUUUGUGUCA